UUUUGAAUCAGUGCGUAGCGAUACGCCGCCUUUUUAGCAUGAAUUUUACAGCUUGUUACAAUCUGCAAAGUUGUUGAUCACUCGAAUAUCCACCAUGAUUUCCAGCAGAAGUGUUGUUCUAAUUCUGUGCAAUUUGGUUUUCGCCCAAGCUGUGUCUUUGUGUUGUUCUGGAACUAACGUUUUAAAUUCAACGGCGAAGCAAUGUUUAGAUGGAACAAAACCCAAAGAACUAAAUUGCGAGAACAAAUACAUGCUUCGUCAAGACGACAAUUCGUCGACAAUAGAGCACGACGACGAGCACAAUUUGAUUUUAGACGAAGAAGUUAUCCCGCCUGAUGAAUACUGCUUUACUACAAUAAAAGGUAAAAACGUCGAUGUUUAUCUGCUAUGUUAUGAUAUCGAUGUAGCAGGGGACAUGUCGCGACAGGUGAAUGUGGUGCUGUUUGUGAUCUCCGUGUUUUUCAUCGUUUUAACCAUCAUUGUCUAUUGCCUAGUACCAGAAAUACUAGAAUUACAAGAUAUUUGCUUAAUACAUUUUCUAUGUGGACUGGCGAUUGCAUACAUGUCCCUAGUAAUUAUAAACGUUUCCGGAUACUUAGUUUCAGGUCUUUGCCACUUUAUGGCUUAUUCACUGUACUUUUCCACCUUGUACAGCUUCUUCUGGUUGAAUAUUGUGUGCUUCCACGUUUGGAAGACGACCGUGAACAAAGGUUGGCUGAAUCGCAUAAAAUAUUGGAAAAUCAUUUAUCAUGUGUAUGGAAUUGCGGCUCCUUUAUUGGCGUUGACUUGGGUGAUAAUAUUAAAUCAUGGAAAACCACAAGCCUUACACAAUAUUUAUCCCGGAAUAGGCGAUAAUAUUUGUUGGUUUCAAUCAAUGAGAGAAACUGUGAUAUUCUUAUACGCACCGAUUGCUUGCAUCCUGUUUUUGAAUAUAAUAUUUUUCAUUUGGACAGCUGUAGAACUUUGGCAACAAUCGAAGCAGUGUCAAAAGGUUAAAAUCCUUAAAUUCAGAUUAAAAAUGUACGCAAGAUUAUUUUUUGUGAUGGGAAUUACGUGGAUUUUCGAAAUCCUCUCGGCCAUAUUCGAGGAGGGCAAUGUUAAAUGGAUAUGGAUUAUGACGGAUAUCCUCAAUGCUCUGCAAGGUUUCAUAAUUUUCUUAAUACUUGUAGUGUUCAGAAAGAAGAUCAAAAGAGCAUAUGCAAACAGGAAAAUUGGAAUUUGGAGGUUCCCGGCUUAUUGGAAAGACGAUAGAGAUAGUGAAUGCGAAGAACUAAACGAGCAAGAAUGCAAUUUAAACAUAAUUCAGCCUUAUUCGUAGUCGUAUUUAGUGGCUACUAACACACUAUUAACAUCCGUAAAAUCGUAUUCAUAGUUCCAUUUAGUGGCUACUAAGAUGUUGUUUUUGUUAGUAGCCACUAACAUUUAGUGGCUACUAAGAUGUU